UUGUGCUCCAAAUUCUAUCCGACAGCCGACGGACAAAGAUACAUUUUCCGUGGACAUCGCACACUUAAUCGAGAAUAAAUUCUAAUUCGCCUGCACGUUCGCCAUAAAAACCAUUCGCGGAUAAACGUGUUGACCCCCUCUCCAAUUGCGAGUGCCACUUGUAAUGUAUUGGAUCAGUGAUAAUGCGGGAAAAAUGAUAAAGCGCCUCGCACUCGACCUGACGGAAAGUUCGCAUGCAGAAAAGUCGAAAUCGUUCCGCAGCCAAGUCGUGAAAUUUGCAUCUUGACGGGACUGCGACACGGGCCAGCCUAUGGGAAUCUAAUUUACGAAUAAAUUCGUCCAAUAAACGUUCGCACGCAGUAGAAACGAACCAGAAGCAAACGCAACACGAUCACCGCGCAAUCAACACCCAAAUCCGGAAUCGAAAGAGAAAAAUUUUUUUUAAGGAAUCGCGUCGGCAUUCGUACAAAAAUAAUUAGCCAAAAAGUUUUCGGUAAAGUGCAACGUCGCGGGCGGGGGAGCAGUUGGUCGUUGUGGAUUUUUCUAGUUCACGCGCAUCGCGCAGAUAUUCCCAGCCGAAUUGGUGGGCGAAACGUCAAAACGCGUCGCGAAUUUUGUUUGAUUUCAUCGCGAGACAUUUCCUCUGUGAAGUUUUGUUUAAGUCCAGCCGGGCAAGGAGCGUUGUCAAGGAAGCAGGAGGCCAGGAUUGAGGUCCGAAAGUGGGUUUCGAGUCGGUGCAGUCGCCAGCAUUUGCAGCCACCGCCGCCGCAAUGGAACCUUCCAGCAGCGACCCGAAGGAAACCUAUCGAAUCAUCUACAAUAUCGCCAAAGAAUUAGACGAUCUAAAGAAAUCCGCCAAUAACAUUCCACAAUUGUUUGAUUCAUCUGUGGAAAACAAGCGACAGGAACUUGUCGAGCGAUGUACAAAGCUUCUAUUUGUGUACAACGAAAGCAUCGGCAAGAAAACUCGCGAAAUAUUAUGGCGUAAAGGUUUCUACGAUUUCAUUGCCCUCAGCAAGAAAUUCUACCAUUGCAAGGAUACCGAGAACGCGGAGAAUGACAAGGAAUCACAACAGCUUGCCAUGACACGAAACCGCGAAAAAAUCCGAGACUUUAUUUUCGACGGAAUUCGAAGCUACAAGCAUAUCGCCAUCAAAAUUGAGGAACUUUACGAUUUGGACCUACAAUAUCUGAUCGAUUUUACCAUAAUUAAGGAUGAGGACGACAGUCUGAAAGCGGUUAAAGGAAGCAACCCGAAUCAGGUUGCGAAUGGACACUCUGUUGCGGACAAGUCGCUGGAAGCGAUCAGCUAUGCGUUGGAUAUCGUGCACUCUUCAUUUUUGUCGCUGGGCGAUUUGCAUCGUUACUUCAUCGACUUCCAUCUCGACAAGACUCUUAUUACGAAGGAAAUGACGGCUCGCUUCUACUUUGAAGCGUUCAAGCUGAACCCUACAAUUGGAAUGGCGCAAAAUCAGCUCGGAACCUUGUUUUAUGGGCAAAAUUACGACUUAGACUCGAUAUACCAUUAUUUGUACUCCCUUAUUUGCACAGUCCCGUUCGAUUUGAGCGAAAACAACGUAUGCAGGUUGUUGCUGGCUCAUGUGGACUAUUUGGAGGGUCUAGACCCCGAUAAGGUGGAGUUUAGCCUUCGCGACUUCUACGCCAGGUUUUACCUAAUUGUCGACAUAUUUUUCUUCGACAAGGAUGUACCGGACUUCAACAGUCUUUGCCACUGUGUUUUGAUAGAUCUGCGCAAAAUUCUUUGCUCUAAUUCCAUAAACAUUGCGGAGGGUUGUCUGUUUAAAAUUGUUUGUAUUUUGCUGUUUUGUUUGUCCAAAUUGAAAAUGAUAAACUCUCAGAAAGUUUACUCGCUGAAUGCGUUCCUUGUCGCGGUUUGUUCGGAUUUGAUAGAUGCAAGCAUUGUGAACUUGGAGCAGUAUAUUCUCACGAAGUCGAAGCAGAACGCGAAGUUUGAGGAGGAGUACGCGGAAGCGUUCAACAAGUUCGAAGCGGUUGUGAGGAAGAGUCGGGAAGACUACAAGUUAUAUCAGGAAAGGAUCGAACCUAAUAAUCGGAGCACUUUGAGCUCCCAUAAUAAAUCGGCCACAACUGAUUCGGAGGGCCGAUCGCAAUUGUCCGAUGUUCAUGACAAAUUGGCGGUUAAUAAUCAACAUAACAAGAACAACGCGACUCGAAGCAGCGACGAAGCUAAGGAGUCUGAUCUGAAGACACCCCUGUCUACUAAGAGCAAGCGUCGCAAGAUGAGGCGUCGCCGCAAGAGAUUCCAGCACUCCGACGAGAGUAGUUGCUACGAUUCCGAGUCUGACUACGACACGGAUCUGAGCUCGAAUGAGGAUCAAAACGAUGACUACUCCGACCUGAGCUCUAAUUUUGAAAGUGAUUUUAGUGACAUUGAGGACGAUGAAGGAAUUAAGCCAGAACGCGAUGAUGAAGGCUUGGAGGACGAGGGGAAACAGACAACUUUCUCGGAGAAUGAAGACAUUGUUAUUGAGGAGGAGAGCAUUAUCUAUCCGAAUGGGCGAGAGACUCCCGAUUUGCUGAAUGGAAUCGCUCAGAUUAGCAUCACGAGUGCACCACUGAACUUUAAAUCUGAUAGCGAAGAGGAUAAGAACCUUCGAAAUGGAGAGAAUGGCGAGGACCUUCCACUGGAGCCUCCUGUAAAGCUGAAGUAUCGGAAUAAGUACUCGAAAAUUGAUCCGAAUAUUAUCAUCGACUUUGCGCAGAAGGAGAGCACAAUGCGCUGCUUGAAGAUACUCUUCGAUUGGUUGCGCAUUAACCAUGAAAUACUCUUCGGGUGCUACCACUCGAAUCCGGAAUUCAUUCAUAAGAUCAUGAAGUUGCUCAACUACUGCAACAUUGAUAUUUUCACACGAAAAGUCUACUUCGAUAGGGGCUUCAUCAAAUCCCCGAAUGUUCGUCAGGACCUUGAUCAAUUGUUCGAAAUUCGCUCGACAAUUCCACUCAGCGAAGACGCGAUCCUGAAGAAUUUUGAUCUUUUGCAAAACACUCAAAUUCCACUCGACUGGGAGCUGACUAUUCGGGAAGGCAUUACCAAAAACGAGGAGAACAUCAUGCGUAUCUUCAAAAUGGUUGAUUUUGGCUUCUUCAUUUGUAAAAUGAAGAAAUUCAACUAUAAUUUUUGUGCAAAGACCCGACGCUUCACGGAGAAUUUAAGGAAGAAACGAGAGAAGAAGAAAUCGUCAAGGCGCCGUGAACGUCGUGCUAAGAAUGGGCGCAAACGUGAAGGUCAGGUUCGUCGUUUUAGCGAGAGGCGCAACAGCACAAGGAAGGGUUAUACAAGCAACGAGGAGAAGGAUACUGUGGAAGAGACCCGCAGUACGUCGAUACCGAUCCAGCGGAAGGGCUACUUGAGGAAUAGGAAUCAGAAUAGCGAGAGCAAGACCAUGACGAGCAGUGGCGGAGAUGAUGAGAGGACUUCCUCGUUGGCUGGUAAUAAGUGCGAGAUUAUGGGACAGUUGUGGUUGAGGAAUGAGGUUGAGACGUUGGAAACUAAGAUGAAGAAGAAACCGAUGAAUGUCAUCCUUACGCCGUACAUUGUCGUUGAUACGAAGUCCUUGACCGAGUACACGAAUAUUGUGAAGAAUUUGGUUAAGACGAAGAAGUUUAUCGUGUUGAUACCGAAUGCAGUUUUGUCCGAACUUGAUGAGCUGAAGAAAAACAGCGACCGCGCACGCAAUGUUAUUCGCUGGUUGGAGCAGGAAUUCCGCAGGGGAAAUCGUCACAUGCGCUCGCAACGUGACAACGAGUCGCAAUCCUUAUCCUUCCUGAAAAUCCCGAAGAAGCUUGAUCGCGACGCUACCUGCUUCCUCCAAAUCGUGAAAUUCUGCAACUACAUCGUCACCCAUCACUCCGACGGCAUUGAGCAUGACGCCAACGUCCUGACCUACCUAUCCGGCGACAGCCUACACGAGAAAUGCAUCCCGAACUUCAGCUACACUGGCAUCUUGGAAACGAUCCCGGUACGCUUCGAUCAAGUCGCAAACUUUUACGAUAAAUAUAAGAAAAAAUGAGACGAAUGCAUAUGGAAUGCCCCGGGAUUAAAUCUUGUGAUUUUUAUCAAGAAAAAAACAUUGUGAAAAUGGAGAUUUACGUUUAGAUACCGAGCGACGCAUCACGUGCAAUGGCAGUUAAAUCCAGGAACAACGAAUGAAAAUGACAAUUAAGAAUUUGGAAGCAAACAAGUUUCGCGAUGAAACCCUCACAUGUGUCGUCUCUAAAACGGACUCGAAUGUCAAAUCAAAACAAACAAAAAAUCGCCAUAAAAUCAACUUUAAAAAUAACAACAGCAGAACAAAAAAAAACGUAAAAAAUCAGUCAAAAUUUCGCGGAAUAUUCUAGAAGUAUUAACGUCGUCUACGCAUCCUCAGAAAGCUUAUCGCGUUGCCUAAAAACAUCGGGUAGAAGUUACAAAAAACACAUUACAGCUUGCACUCGUCAUGGAUUUCGUCUCUCUAACUUAGGACAAACAAACAAACAAAAAACAAAGAUCUGGUUUUGGUUGAGUUGCUUUCCGUAUCCUAAUCGGCAAGAAAGAGCUAUCUUGGCUUUCGGACCACAUUAGAUACUUGCGACCCUCGAAAUCCAACCUCGCAACGCUGUCAAUGUAUGUAAGCCCUCGUUCUUCUAGGCAGUGUGAUGCCUUUUAUUUUUGUGUCGAUUAUUUCUUCUUUUCCGGGACUAGUUUUAAUGGUUAGAGAGCAAACAAUCGUAAAUUAGCUUUAGUCGGACUUUUUGAAAUCCAACCAGAAAUCGACUAAAUUCCAUUUGAAGGUGCAGAGCGAACUCGGAAUAGAAUGGGAGUGGGUGGGAUGUGUCCUUGUCCGGGAUGCAUUCUGCUAACUUUUACGGUUCGAGGCCGAGUUGUUAAUAUACCACUUUAGAUUGAUUGGGAACUGUAGAAUGCCUGUCUGCCGUUUCUUUUGCAGAUAGUUCACUUAGGAUCCUUGUAGUAAUGGUUUUUCGAUUUCUUCAUAAAUUCUCAAGUACAUGCAGUAGAAAUGUAGCUCUCUCGUGGCGUGGCUGCUUGGAGAGAGUGUUGUGUUCGUUUCAGUUUUCAUUUCCCCCUCCCUUGCCGUGUUCUAUGCACAGUAAUAGUGACCUUAAUCCUUUUUUUCUUGCUUAUUUUUCUCUGUACUAAAUUCAGAUGGAAAUCUAUGCUAUUGCUAUUUGUAAUCCGGAAUAUUAAACCUUUUUAUUUUAAACUAAAUAUAUCUGUAAGCAGCAAA